AUGACAACUUCAACACCAAUCACUAUUUUCACUGUACAUUGUGGGAACAAGCAAUUCCUGGAUAUGGAGCCAAAUGCAAAGUUCCAAGUGGAUGGCGAGUCUUGCGCCAUCGUUGACAGUUGGAGCAACCCUUCCACAUCCGCCACGACUAUCGGAACUGAGGAGCGAACUCCUGUUCCGCCGAGUAUGCCAUUUCUACAGAUCACAACGGCGCACAAAUGCAAAUCAAAAUCUAGUUGGAUGUUCGUCUUCGGUCGUGAUGAGAACACUUGCGAUAUUCGCCUCCUCGGAGACCGACAUGACGGUAUCAGCAAGCGACAGUUUGGAAUUGAGAUCGAUCUCAAGUACAGUACCCUCAUUAUGAAAAACCUGAGCAGAAAUACUACUCGGGUGGUUUCACGAAGGAUAGGUUAUAGUUUCGGGGAAGAUCUGGGGUCCGGGACCAGUGCUACCGUCUUCCGCGCAGAACCAUGGGGAGAGAUUCCUGAGCACGGUUCCGCAGUCCGGACUGGAAGCUACUGCGAGAAGAGCCUCGCCGCUCCUCAAUUAUGGCACAACCCGACUGGUGAUUUCGUAGCCAGCGACCUUGGCGUGCCUGAAUAUCCCACUGCACUCCACAGCUUGGCCGACACAGAACCAUGGGGAGAGAUCCCUGAGCCCUAUUCUGCAGUCACCGCAUUGCGGCACAACUCGAUUGGUGAUGUGGAGGUCGCAGACCUCGGCAUCGAGUUUGGGGAGGGGCCUGUUGACCCGGAGUUGAGGCGCUACAAUUCCCCGGCCGAUUUAUUCAACCCUCUCACCUCGGGAUCUGCUGCCCGAGAAGCUAUCGACUGGAGAUGGCGCCAUUCAGGUCAGCAUACCCAAUUUAACACUGUCCAAGUUGCUGAAGCGGAACGAAUAUUUCCCGCUACCAAGGAAAAUGCAUAUAUUAGCCGAAACUUCCAAUUGUACGACCACCCCCAGCAACAGGGGCCAGAAAACCAAAGCGCAUCUGCGACGGCCCAGGAAGAUGAAGACGCCGGCACCGGAAGUCGAGACAACAUUACUUCACAAGCUGAUGCAGUACAAGCCGGACAAGUCAACGGCCAGAAGGCUUCAGACUAUGCAAUCUUGCACUUGAAUAAUAAGUCGAUCGUGUGCAUACCGUCGAAGCAGACUGUUAAUGCAUCUCAAAUCGUCAGGUCUCACGGCAUCUCGAGACAUGUCACGACUAAAUAUCUGUCUUCGCACCCUGAAGUCAAACGAACGUAUGUAACGGGUCACCAUACUGUUCAAGGGACAUAUAUUCGGAUUGCCGAUGUGUCUGAAUUUUGCGAUCACCUGGAAAUCUCUGAUUUGACGGAUGAUAUAAAGUCAGUCUUGGAGGCCCGGAAAUAUGUUUGCGAUUUCCCAGGCUGUAAGCUAAGCUAUAAAACCCGGGGAACUCUGACACGCCAUCAAAAGAGACAUAAAAACCCUGAAAUCUUCACCUGUUUAAUAUGUCAAAAACAAGAAACCCGCAAGGACAAUUUUGCCAGCCACGUCUACAGACACACCAAGAACAACGGCGGUUAUGCAAGGAUCAAGUAUCACCCAAACGCAGAGAAUUACUUGCAGUCCAUCAAGAACGGCCAACCUAUCGAGACGUUAGAGUGA